AUGGGUGAACGAGCCUACCAUGGAGCCCAAACCUGCUCGGGCACCAACCUCAGGAAAUGCCAGGAUUUAGGAGACUCAAUUCUUCUGCUUUUGGGCAGCUUCAUCUUGCUCAACGUGGGAUUCAAUGUCGUGACUCUGCUCUGGAGGCAUCUGAAGAGCUCCCUGCGGAUUCUUUUCCAUCAUUUUUUCCCCAAAGAUACGAGGAAACUGUGUUCAGGAAUAUCUUCCCGGCUACCCCACCGCCCCAGCCUUCUACUUGGGCGCGUCAGUCACCUUGACUCUUGGCUAGCAGACACAAAUGACGAGAACCGUUCUAGGUGCUGCCAGAUGCCACCCCAAUGUGGACAUGGCAGCACCCCCACGGAGGCUUCUUGGGAACUGUGGAAAGAGGGGCUGAUGGGAGCUGGGGAAGCCCCUCAGGCCACAGUCAUGAAGACCCAAGCUGCUUCUUUUUCCAGGCCAAGGACUCCUCCCAAGAUUCCAAAGAUAAGCAAGCUGGACAUGGCUCCAUCCUCUUUGCCCCAAGACAAAAAGAUUAAGGCCCGAGUCGACAGGCCAGCCCAUGCUCCACAACAGGCUCUAACUUAUUCCUCAACCAACACCCAUGAGCACCUCUCCACCCAGUCCCAGGCUCAGACCACAGAGCAUACUCAACUCAAGGCCCAGGGUCUUGAGCAGACCUCAGCCUGUGCCCCACCGGCCCAUCCGCCAGACUCUGCCUCAGCCCUCGGUGAAGCCCUAAAACCAACCAAUGCUUCCUACCCAACCCCAUCCCAUAACCGAUCCCCCACCCCACCCUGUCCCUCAGUUCAGGACCCCACCCACAGUCAAGCUCAUGCCUUGGGUCAGGCCCAGCCCCAAAUCCUGGCCCCUACCCAACUCCAGGUUUCAGCCCCAACCCCAGGCCAGAGUUUAGCCCCCAGUCCCCAGCGAACGUCCGCCCAUACGUCACCGCAACCCCCAACCCAGGCUCUUCCUUACACUUCUUUCCAAUCCCAAAGCCAUGAUGACCCAGGCCAAAUGCCAGGACACACCUUGACCUACUCCCAAGCUCAUGUCCCUGAGCAAACAACACCUCAGGUCUCAGGCCGUGUCCAAUGCCGUUCCCUGCUUCACCCGUAUGCCAACACCCCAGUGCCUGGUCCAACCUCUACCCCAGCCCCUCUCGGUGUUCCAGCCUCUGCCUCAGCCUGUGCCCCUCCAGCCUCUGCCUUAGCACUGCCCAUGGCCAUGACUACCUCUCAAGGCCCUGCCACCACCUCUAUCCCUGCUUCACCUCCCGCUCCUUCCAUGUUAGCUACUUUUGGCCCCAGCUUCUCCACUGGCCGUACGGUCUACGACACCGGGAGAGUAAAACAGAACACCCUGCUGAAGCAGGCCUCCCAGAACCCCAAAUGUUUCAGGAAGGACUUGAACAUCCUCUCCAGGCCCCAAGAGGUGAAGGGCCUGGUACGUUCUGGUACCAAUGAGCAAACACCAAAACAACAUGGAGGGGACAGUGCUGAGCCUCCUGCAGGGUCUCCCGUGAGCUACCUGGAGUCUGGGAACACGGCAUGGAAGGUCUCAGAUAAUGCCAAAGAUAAGAUCUCCCAGCCAAAGACCCUCCCAUACUGUAGCUUUCAUCCUUGCUGUUCUGAGAGGAAAACUGAAGGACCCCGGGCUCCAGUCUGCCCCAAGUUCCUGGUCUACGCCCAGGACACUGCUCCCUCCAAACCUUGCUUUCAUUCCCCAAGCACUGCUCAGAGUACACAGCCCACCACCCCUCCACCGUGUACUCUCUCUCUGCCGCUUGUUUCUCCCAGGACAUUUGCUGUCCCUCAGCCUCACUGUCAGAAGCCCUCCAACUUAACACAAGCCCCUGUCUUCCUCUCAACCUCCACGUCUCCUCAGACGGUCUCCUCUCCCCACUUCCCUAACCCUUCUCAGUUCUCCGCCACUUCUCAAACUUUAAUCCUGCCUCCAACCCCUGAGAAUCAAAAUUUUAACCGAGGCCUUGGCCUUCAAAGGACCCCAUCUCCUGCCAAGGAUUCUACAGUUCCCAGGAACCCAGGCCUUCCCCAAGAUCCAGGCCUCCACAAGGACCUGGGCCUCUACCAGAACACAGGCCUUACUCUAUACCCAAGCCUCAGCAAGAACUCGGGUUCCUACAAAUUUCCAGGCUGUACUCAAGAUCCUAACCCCUGUGUAAAUCCAAACAUUUCCCAAGAAUCUUGCCUUCAAAAAAAUCUAGGUAUCACUCAAGAUUCCGAGUUAACGAGCUCAUCUGCUGUUCAAGAUGCGGGUAUCCUUAGGAACCAUCCAACCUUAAGUCUCAUUCAACCUUCUAACCUCCCCAAAAAUACAAUAUUUAUUCAAACAUCCAGCCAGAAGACUUUGAGCUUUAUGCAAGACUCUGUGGUCUAUAGGAAUGUUGCAUUUAACCAAGACAAUGUAAUCAAAAAUAAAAAUCUCUCCCCAGCAACCAACCAAAAGAGGCCGGACCCCACUCAAGGUUCUGGUACAGGAAAUAUACAACGUUCAGGAGUCUGCAGCAAUGUGAGUCUUAGCCAAAGCUCUAGACCACAGAAAAGCCCAUGUUGUACCCAAGACUCUGAAGCUAACAAAAGCUCAAGACUUACCCAGGAAUCUAGUAAUCACAAGAGUCCAGGUCUUGAACAAACCUCUUGCCUUCAUAAGUGCUCAGGUCUCACACAAGACGCGGUAGACUACAAGAUUCUAGGCCCUACCCAAGAUUCUGGAAUCUUCAGAGUCCCAGAUUUUAACCAGGACUCUGACUCCCGAAACCUUAUGGAUGCCAAAAAGAGACUGGACCUUAACCAAGAUGUUUGCAUUUGCAGUUCAGAAUACAGCAAAGACCCUAACCUUCAGGAAUGCCAAGCGAUUGGUCAUGAUCCUGUGCUUAGUCAAAGCUCUGGCUUCAAGCCUCCAGGCCUUACCCAGCAAGCUGGCUCCUGCAAGGACUCAGGCCUUAUCCCAGACUCUGGCCUCAACAAACAAACAGGCUUUGCUCCAGGUACGGAUUCUGCCCAAAUCUUGGGCUCACUUCAAACGCUAAUGCUGUCAUCUUCCCUAGUGAAACCCUUUCCUGGCCAGAUGGCUUCUCAGAAGGACAGUCCUGAGCAGCAUGUACCCUGGACCUCUGUCCCAGCCAAUCAAAACCCCUGUCCUUCCAAGGCCCAAGUGAUCUCCAGUGACCUGAAAACGUUUUCAGAGGUACCUGUGCUAGUGGAGUUACAGCCACCCUCCCAACAGAUUGACGGCCAAGACUGGGUAUACCACACUGCAGAUACGUUUCCUUCAGCUUGCCAGAAGCACCGCCAAAUGUCUACGCCCCCCAAAAUCAACUGGAAGCCCCAUUGCCCUGGACUGGGUACCCGGACAGGUCAGGUGGUCUUCGAUUCCCGCCAGAAGCAGUCAGUCACUGGCAGGGAAAAGUGUGAAACCCUGUCUCCUAGGUGCCCUUUCCCCGAGACACCCAGAAGCUCAGAGGAGACUCAGAAGGAAUGGGCGUAUCAAAAUGUGAUGAGGACCUUGCACAAAGAGAGGGCAAAUACGCAUCAAGAGUAA